CACCCAGAGCGCCGCACCCAGCGCGGAGGCGGAGCGGAGCAGGGGAGAAGGCGGACGGGGAGGAAGAGGCCGGCGAGAUGGUGGCCAUGGGCGUGGACGAGGACGAGGAGCGGCGGAUGGACGAGCGGCCCGUGCACCAGGGCUGCAUGGCGGGGUUCCUCCACCUCUUCGACCGCCCCCAGAUCCUCUCCGGCCGCCGGCUCCACGGCUCGCCGCGCCGCCUCCUGUCCUCGGGCUCCAGCGGGUCGGCGACGCCGUCGGAGCGGUCGAUGCCGCUGGAGCGGGCGACGCCUGCGCCGUCGUCGCCGGACAUGACGCCGCCCGCCGCGCCGAGGCCGUCGCUGCAGCUGGACCCCAAGGACGGAGGCGGCGGCGGGGGCGGGGCGGGCGGCUGGGCCGCGCCGUCGUGGCGGCUGCCGCGGCUCUCGCUCGACAGCCGCGCCGUGGUGGACGCCGGGGGCAAGCUCCGGCCGCGCGAGAUCCGGACGGCGCCCGCCCCCGGCGCGCCGCCGUCGCCGUCCGCCGCGGGCGACGAGCGCCGCUCGCCCAGCGUCGUCGCGCGGCUCAUGGGCCUCGACGCGCUGCCGCACGGCUUGGACGCGGCGGGGGACGGCGCCGCGAGCCCGGCCGCGCUCCGGCGGUCGGCGUCCGAGCGCGUGCCGCCGCGGGACCCGUCACACUUCCGGUUCGUCGACCCGGCCUUCUUCGAGCGCCCGGCGUCGCCGCUCCCGCCGCUGGUGGAGCGGCCGUCGCCGGCGGCCUCGGCGCCGGCCGCGGGGGAGGCGAUGCGGCGGGCGCCGGAUCCGGGGUGCCCGCGCUCGUUCCAGAGGCGCAGCCGCUUCGACGCGCACGAGGUGUUCCCGGAGCCCGCGAACCGCGCCGACCCGGCGGCCGCCGGCGCCCACGGCGAGAUCGCGCUCUACGGCGAGAUCGAGCGCCGCCUCCGCAAGCGCGGCAUCGCGGAGCCGGCCCGGGAUCUCGAGACGCUGAAGCAAAUACUCGAGGCGCUGCAGCUCAAGGGCCUGCUCCACCACACUCCCACGCCGCCGCCGCCCGUACGCACCGCUCCGCCGCCGCCGCCCAUCGUCGUCAUGCGCCCGAACCACCGCGCGCAGCCGCCGUCGCGGCUCACACCCGCGCGGCGGCUCCGCGUCGACGUCGACCGCGCCCGCCGCCCACGGUCUCCAGACCCGUCCGCUUCCCCCGCGCGGAGCCCGGCCUCCCCUGCUCGGCGCGGCCCGCACUCGCCGCAGCGGCGCGUGUCGCCCGUGCAGUCCCCGAAGCAGCAGCAGCAGCCGCAGCCGCCUUUCAGGAGGCCAAGCGGCUUCGACUCCGCCGGCGCCCCGGUCCGCAUUGCCCGCCGCGCGGCGCACAACGCCGCGGCGCUUUCUCCCGACGACGAGGCCUCCACCACCUUCUCCGACGGCGGCAGCAGCAGCUCCUUCAGCGCCUCCUCCCGCUGGGACUUGGAGCCGCAGCCGGACUCCCGGACUGACCGCGGCCUGCUGGAGCGGUGCGGGAAGCUCCUGAGCAGCAUCCAGGCGUUCACCGGCGGCGACGCGGCGGGGUCCGACCAGCAGCCGAGCCCGGUGUCCGUGCUCGACGCGGCAGCCUUCCUCGCCGACGGGGACUCGCCGUCGUCCUCGUCGGGGUCGAAACGGGCCAUCGACUUCAGCAGCGUUGGUGGUGGAGCGGGCCCGAAGCCACCGGCCGCGACGGCGUCCUCCGACCCGGAGGAUGACGAGUGGGCCCUGGGGACAGGCCCCGUGGGCCCCGAGGCGAGCGGCGACCCGGACUACGCCUACGUGGCGGAUCUGGUCCGCCUGUUCGGUGGCGCCCGCGGCAGCUGGCUGCGGGACCCGGCCGACGUGUACAAGGCCGCGGAGCAGCGGCGGCGCCAGCGUGGCGGCGACCCCUGCGACACGUGGCACCACCGCCGGCUGCUGUGCGGCGCGGUUGGGGAGGCGCUGGAGCGGCAGCGCGCGGCGUGCCCCUGGGAGCCCGCGGCGUGGCUCCGCGGCGCCGAGCUCGUGGACCACGUCCGGGCCGAGGUCCGGCGCGCCGGCGAGCCCGCGCCGCGGGCGGCCGGGGACGAGGAGGAGGAGGAGGGGGAAGCCGAGGAGGACCUGAACGCCGUCACGUGCCGCGCGAUCCGGCGCGACAUGGCGGCGGACGAGGGGCGGUGGGCGGCGACGCAGCGGCGGCGGGUGGGGGUGGUGGUGUCCGGCGCGGAGGCGGCCGAGGCCGUGCUGCAGAUCGAGCGGCUGGUGUUCCGGGACCUCGUCGCCGACACCAUCCGCGAGCUCGCCGACGCGGACCGGCCCCUGCCGCGCCGGAAGCUGGUCUUCUGAUCACCCCGGAGGCAACGUCGCCGGAGCCGCCAGGCGUCCGCGAGGGUCAGGGAAGCGAAAAGGGAGGGGAAAUAAUUGGAUUCGACGCUUGAUUUCCGUUUCUUACUCUGCUGUUCUUCUUCCUAGUUUUAGAGAGCCAUGUAAAAUUAUUUAGUUUUUUUACUGGUGUUUACCCCUGCUAGUCUUAGGCCAUGUUAAUUACUGCUAAUCGGUGUGUUUGAAUAGCCAUGAAGUAGCGUUGAUGUAAUGACGGAGCAGUUUUAACCACUCCACUCAAGGAUGCACAUUUCGUUCCGUUU